CUAACCUGUGCUUUGAAGUGACAGAAAGUGUUAAUUUUGGUCGCAAAAACUAAAAAGCUAAUUAAAAAUAAACGCCGGCUAAGAAUUAAGAACAUACAACGGGAGAUCAUUUUAAUUAUUUAUAUUGGCUAGUCGAUUACAAAUAAGCUAAUAUAUAUUAAACUAAAGGACCUGCUAUGGCUGAUAAUAUUGAUACCACGGUGGCGAAUAGCGAUGCAAAUACUGUACCUAAUGGCAAUGAUGGAAGUGAAAACAAUGGUGGUGAUAAAUCUCCACCUGCACCCGUAACGCCACCCCCACCUGAAGUUGAGACACAGGAAAUCAUUGUUUUUAAUGAAAAUACCGAGGAACUUGAUCUUAAUCAUGGUAAAAUCGGUAAAAUUGAAAAUUUAGAACCUUUGAAGAAUUUAGAAAGACUAUAUCUUCGUUGGAAUUUGAUAAAGAAGAUUGAGGGCUUAGACACGCUAAACAAACUGGUUGAGCUUGAGUUAUAUGACAACCAGAUAACAGUUGUUGAGAAUUUGGAUAAUCUUGUGAAUCUAGAAAUUCUGGAUUUAUCUUUCAAUAGAAUCCAUGAAAUAUCUGGGCUAGAUAAACUGCAGAACUUAAAGAAGCUUUUUCUAAGUUCAAACAAGAUCACAGAAAUAAAAAAUGUUAACCACCUCACCAAAUUGGAACUGCUUGAGCUUGGAGACAACAGAAUACGGGAAAUAAAAAACCUAAACGGUUUACGGACACUCAAACAACUGUACCUUGGUAAAAACAAAAUAAACAAAAUACAAAAUCUUGAAGAUCUGUCAAAUUUAGAAAUACUUGUUUUGCAAAGUAACAGGAUAAUAAAAAUUGAGAAUUUGGAGAAUCUAACAAAAUUAGAUCAACUUUACAUCUCAGAGAAUGGUAUUACAACUAUUGAGAAUUUGGACUACCAAGUGAAGUUAGAAACAUUAGAUUUGUCAACGAAUAAAAUUACAGUAAUUGAUAAUGUUCGGCAUAUGGUUGAUUUGGAAGAACUCUGGUUAAACGAUAACCAAAUAUCAGAAUGGUCUUCAAUAGAAUACCUUCAAGAGAACAAGAAACUUGCUACCAUUUAUUUAGAACGGAACCCUUUGGCCUCGGACCCAGCUUACAGGCGCAAAUUAAAGCUAAUCCUGCCAUCGCUACAGCAAAUUGAUGCGACUCUGUGUAAAUAAAUGUUAUGGAAUCAUUAGCUGGCAAAUAAAAUAAUAUUUUUUUAUUUGAUCUUUCAUCCCUUGUUUAUGUGAUAUUUUUCUUUAAUUACUUAAGUGUUGAUACAUAUAGUUCCGAAAUUUUUGAAAAAAAAAACAAAAAGUUUUAAUAAUUUACCAGAUUAUUUUUUAAUAAUACUAAUUAUUAUAAGGUUGAGAUGUUUAAAAAGUCAGAUACUAUUGAAAAUACUAUACUUCAAAUCUUGUCUUAGAAUAAUUAAUCUAAUAUGAAAGCUAUAUAAAAUCUCUCUAAGUCCAAAUUAUGUUUAUUUUCAUUCGCCAGCUUAGUUUCAUUGUCAUGUCGCACGAUUGAAUUAAUCAUUGCUAAUUUUCAUUUAUAAUUAAUUUGUAAAUUACGUCAUUGACCAGUUUUAUUCUUGUGUAAUAAUUGUAUGUCAUGUUAGCAUUAGUAUGGAAUAAAUUUUGGCUUUAGUAGUUCAUAAAUGUACAUAAGUUAUGUGAAAAUAUUGAAUAAAUUUCGUUAUAGCGCUUAUUUGAAUCAGAUGCAAUAUCUGCAGUUUUCAUUUGCACAAAUAUUUUCAUAUCAAUAUGAGAAAUAUGUUGUAUAUAAUAAUAGUUUUUGUAAUAUCGCUGUUUAAAUUUAAAAUUAUAUACAUCCUAUUUUAGUUUAGUUAGUUGUAGUUGAGUACCUGUGUAAAAUAAUUAUGUCGUAUAUUACUGUACCUCUACUCAAAACAUUUUUUAAACGGCAGCUAUUUUAAUGUUUGGUGCAUACUUCUAUCAAAACCUUUAUAAGUAAUAUUUUCCAACUAUUCAAUAAAACUAUAUAAUUCAAUCCGUCCCCUUUGCCUUGUGAAUCAUCAUCAUCUCAUCUUUUUACCAUGAAGAGGCCACCUCUGGAACUACUGAAUCAAGUUUGAGAGUUCUUUCCUUACAAAACUUCAUUAACCUUGAUGUUUCGCAAUAAUAUCUUUAUCGAUAUUAAUAAAAAUAAUUUUCUUAAUUGCGUUACAGAAUAAGAUAAAUAAAAAUCAGUUUUAUUCAUAAACUAUAGAGAAAUGGUUUUCAGGCAGUCUCGGAAUCUCAUUCGAGCCUUGUGACCAAGCAACGCCCUCUGUUGGGCGUACUGAAUAAGGUUAAUUUUGAAUUGUGAAUAAUACUUUAUAUUUAUAAUAAACAUUCAACUAUG